AUACAUCCAUCCAUACAUCCAUCCCAGGUAUUCGUCUCCUCAUCCAUCACGAACCUCGUUGGUACUAAUAUCACAAGGACAAUCCUUUCUUUUCCUUCUUCCUCGCAACUAUUCUUGUUUCUGCUCAUUCUUCUCUUCUACAAUUGUUAUUCGUUGAAUACCUUUUGUUUUCCAUACACAUUAAUCGUCCAUUCUAAGGCGCUAUUCUUCUAACAAAUACUCACAUCCCACAACUGAAUCAGUGCAACUCAAAUUCCUCCACAAAACUCCAGACUUCCAUACCUCCAAAUCAAUAAUCUCCUCCACAAACAACAAAACAUACCAUCAAAGAUGUCUUCAAACGAAACUGAAGGAGCUGGCGUAUCUGCGCAAAAUAAAGGGUCUUGGAGUGCUGUUUUAAAAUCCAUCGCUUCAUUCAAUGGAGAUUUAUCAUCGUUGACAGCUCCACCAUUCAUCCUGUCAUCGACAUCAUUGACUGAGUUCUCUUCAUAUUGGGCAGAACAUCCCAAUAUAUUCGUCGCACCUGCUGCAGAGAAGGAUCCUCAGAAACGAGCACUUUUGGUCUUGAAAUGGUUCUUGAGCACAUUGAAACAACAAUAUGCCAGUCGAAGUGACAAAUAUGGAAAUGAGAAGAAACCAUUGAACCCUUUCUUAGGGGAGUUGUUCCUUGGAAAGUGGGAAGAUGCUUGUGGAACUACUGAGCUUAUUUCUGAGCAAGUCAGCCAUCAUCCACCUGUUACCGCAUACCAAAUUUCCAACAAGAGACAUGGCGUAUACCUACAAGGCUAUAAUGCUCAAAAGGCAUCAUUCUCUCGAACCAUUAACGUUAAACAAAUUGGGCAUGCAAUCUUCAGUAUCCCCGCUUACAACGAAACCUACCUCAUCACUCUUCCAAAUCUUCACAUUGAAGGUUUGAUCUUUGGCUCCCCAUUCGUCGAACUCGAAGCCAAAUCUUACAUUACAAGUAGUUCAGGAUUUACGGCCAAGAUUGACUAUAGUGGCAAAGGAUGGUUAUCUGGCAAGAAGAACAGUUUCAGCUGCUACACUAUAACCCCACUGGUAAAGAAAAGGACACCUUAUAUACCAUCAGAGAAGGGUGGAAAGAAGAGUGGCCUGAUAGACUCGUAUGAUUGCGGAUGCAGUACCUACCACUCCACUCGUCCGUUGCAACCAAUCGAGGAACAAGAUCCAUUGGAAUCGCGGCGUGCGUGGUCCAAGGUUGCAGCUGGUAUCGCAGUCGGCGACAUGGAUACAACCGGUAACGAGAAGACCAAAAUCGAAGUUUCUCAACGUGAACUUAGAUUAAAGGAAAAGAAUGAGGGAAGAAUUUGGGAGAGAAGAUAUUUCACCAAGAUUGAUAAUUGUCCCAUCCUACAAACAUUGGCUCCUUGUAUCCAACUAACAGCUGAUGAGGAUAAGACUGGUGGAAUUUGGAGAUUUGAUGAGGCCAAAGCGGCCAGAUAUGUCAAAUCGGAACAAACUCUACAGCCUCAACAAGUUAAUGUACAAGCUCCGAUUGUUUAA